CAAAGCAGAUGCAGGUUGGAUUUUGGUAGUUAGAUGGCAUUUAGGAAGAAACGGGAUCGUGCUGAGUGAAAUGCAUGAUUCUCUACUGGCUGUACCUGACGUUUUGGAAAGUUGAGAGGACGAUGAGAAGUGAACGAGCAGGGCGCGGAUGAGCCCCAGUGGUUUUCCCUUUGAGCUUAACUGAGUCAAGUAAGGCCUGCAGUGCUUCAGAUGAUGUUCUGGGUCCUUUUGUGACAUCCUGGGACAUUGCUCUUUCAGGAUUUCUUUCUUCAGAAUAUGGCUCAUCUCCACAGUAACAGACCUCAUGGUGAGCCAGAAAAGUUUGACACCCACUGCUCCAGUCAUAUCCAGCCUACCUGACCCUGAACUCACUGAAGUGGACUUUAGAUGCUACUAUUAAAUUGCAAAGAACUCUGGAUGGUAUUCAAUAUUUUUCUUCAAAAGGUAGAACAAAAAAGGCAUCUCUUUAGUUUAAGAUUUUCUCCGCACUGUUAUAUUUUACUCAUUCUCAAAAACUGGAUUAUAAAGUGCUCAGCAUCAGCUGGUCUCAGAGGACUACUCCUUCAGGGUCAGAAUGCAUCAGCUGUUUAGUCGAGUCCUUGGCCAGAGGGACCUGUCCAGAGCAGGAGACUUGUUCUCCCUAGAGGACACGGAGAUCGAAGAUUGCCUGUCAGAAGCUUUGAAUCAGAUCAAGGACAUCUCCUGCUCACUGGACUAUUUGACCAACGACAAUGAUCAGGCUGUGGUCGAGAUUUGCAUCACACGCAUCACCACGGCCAUCAGAGAAACCGGCUCCAUCGAGCGGCACAGCACAGCCCUGGUGGGCUUGUGGGAGUCGUGCCUGGAACAUAACCUGACUCCUCAAGGGGAAAGCACAGAAGACACGCCACACGCGAAGAUAGCCUCAGACAUCACCAGCUGUAUACUCCAGAACUACAGCUGCCCAUCAGUCAUGGCACUGGCUGUCCCAGUGGCAGUGCGGUUCCUGCAGAGGGGUAAUAGGGAGCUGAGCAGGAACAUGUCCAGUUAUCUCUCACUGGCAGCUAUAGCCAAAGCUGACCUUCUGGCUGAACAUACAGAGGCCAUAACUGCUAGCGUGCUGGGAGGUAACCACAUGAUGCUACGUGUGCUGCCAUCAGUCUACCCCAAACAGCCAGACACCAUCCACCAUCACCUGGGCAGCCUCACAGCAAUGAUGCCCCAGCUGGAGACACCUGAGCAACAACACCUGAUCAGACUUAUUCAGAUGGUUGCAGGGAAGCAUCCACUUAUGCUGAGUACUCAUGUGCCCACACUGGUCAGUUACCUGAGUGAGCAUGCUCUGACCGAGGCUUUGUUGGGUGCUCUAGUUGACGUUUCCCAGGCCAGCCCUUCGUCACUGGUCAGCUUUCUGCCAACACUCAAGAUGGUGGGACAGCAGUCUACUGCUUUUCUUAGUCAUGUGGCCAAAAUUCAUGGUGCUGUUGGCAUCCUCAGUGAGACCCAUGCCCACAACUCAUUGGUCUACCUGGUGUCCCUACUUGGCAGUAUGGAGCACAGCUUUCACCACACCUUGCUGCAGGAGAUCAGAGCUCUGACUGACAGACACCCGUCGUUACUGGGCGGCUGUGGGAAAGACAUCUACAGGAUGAGCAACUCAUUCACUGCCAUAGCCAGAGUGCUGGAAAGACGACUGGAGGACAAAACCACCCUUCACUACAGGGCUAAUGAGGCAUGUCCAUCUGCACAUGGAUCACUUUCUGCUGGUAGAGGAGGAGGGACGCCAGAGCAGUGGCUGCAGGUAAAAGUUCAGAGUUUUGAUGAGAGAGCACGAGAUGCAGGAACGGCAGAGGAGGUGGAAGGAGAGGACUCCCCUGCUCCACAGCGACGCCACAGCCUGAGUCAAGGUGUCAGGGAGGAGAGAUGGGAGAUGAGAUUCAACAGGUCAAAGAGCCUGGCUCUUCAUACCAUGCGUUCACGCUCCAUCAACUCAGAUGCAGGAGAGAACAGUGAAGAGGUGGAGCCUAACACAGACAGCUGCUUUUCCAAUACUCUGUCUAAUCAGCACUCAGACUGCCAUGAAGUAUCACAGGCAGAGAAGAAACUGACAGGUGACAACCCUCUGUCGAUCACGGGGGAGAAAAAAGAGCUGGAAAAGGCUCAAAGUAAAGAGGUGAGCGAAGAGGAAGUAGAACAGGAGGAAGCUGACAUACUUUUCAUCCACUUGAGAGACAAUAUGGAGAAGAUCAGAGUGUUCUGCAAAGACAUGGUGAAACGGGUCCCGGUCCCUGAGCAGUGUUUGAUUGAAGAUUCAAAUCGAGGUUGUGUGGCCAAGCUCUCGUUCUCCUGCCCUCUAAAGGGCUAUUACUGCCUGUAUGCCAAAUCCAGUUUCCAUCUGACGAGCCAGCAGCCUCACCUUUGGAUUCACAUCAUGCUCCUGCAUCUACAGAAUAAGUCAAGUGUCCCUCUGUGCACCAGAGACAAAAGUGUCCAAAGAUUAUCUUCUCUUUGGGUGAAGACGCAACUUAAAGGGUCCCACAGCUUUUCCAUGGCCAUGACACAGCAAACCACCCCUCAAAGAAAGGACCUGGACAACCUUCAGUUCCAGCUGGAGGAGGUCCGUUUCUUUGACCUCUUUGGGUACAGUGAGGAGGAGUGCAACUGGCUUUGCUUCAUGUGUAACAACCCUGAGAAGGCCACAGUUGUGAACCAGGAGGGGCAGCCUCUGAUUGAAGGAAAGCUAAAGGAGAAGCAGGUCCGCUGGAAGUUUAUCAAGCGCUGGAAAACCCGCUACUUCACCUUGGCAGGAAACCAGCUCCUCUUCCGCCGGGGCAAAUCUAAAGAUGAGCUGGAUGACAUCCCAAUUGAGCUGAGCAAGGUACAGAGUGUCAAGGUAGUAGCUAAGAAACGCAGGGAUCGGGGUCUGCCAAGGGCCUUCGAGAUCUUUACAGACAGCAAGACAUAUGUGCUGAAAGCUGAGGAUGAGAAACACACUGAGGAGUGGCUGCAGUGCAUCAACGUUGCUGUGGCUCAGGCCAAAGAGAAGGAGAACAGAGAGGCGACCACCUACCUGUGAGAUCAGAUCCAACACAGAUACCAACAUGGAUGUGAAUCAUUUACUGUUAAAUUCAUCUUAGAUGGAGCACAUUCCUCUACUUUUACUUUAUGCACAACCAAAUGGGCUGAGUUAAGUUAGACAACUAAACCACCGCAGGAGGUGGUCACAGAGCCGAGUUGGUAAGUAGGUGUGAAGUGGAUCGCCUAAUGUUUCUCUCACUUGCUGGUUCUGCAAAGCCAGCUUUGAUAUGUAAACUUGGAAUGACAGAGAGGCUCGUGUUUGCGGAUCAUUUUGUGCACAGACCAGUUAUGUGUUUCACAUGUGGACAUCAACGCUGGUGAUGAUGGAGCCUUGACUUGUUAAACCAAGAAGACUUGUUAUGCAGUAUUUUUAGUAUUAAAAUUAGAAACCGGCAAUAACAGACUGUGUCCUACUAACAUGAAGUAUUGAUCCAGGUUUACAGUACUGUACCUAUUGUUACCUGUGUGCAUCACCUGCUUAUACAGUUUCACACAUUCAUCCGUGGACCACAAAGAAAAUACAAAGGUGGAUGAGUGUACUUAAGUUACCCAGCUAAAACAAACAACAUGGAAAUGUUCAUUUGGCUCAGAAAGCAGCUGUUUCAACAACUUAUCAAAGCCGACCUGUGGAACUGUGAAAUUUCAGAAAAAAAUGAUGAUGACUGAGUCUGGGUCACAUUUAAAAGAAGCUCGUCGCAAGACUUGUUGCAAUAAUGAGACUGAACCUUUAGUGGCAGGAAAGAUGAAGAUGAGCCGAUGGAAAGUUCAUGAAUACAUUUAUUUCUUGCAGUCUAUUGUUGCUAGGUAAAUAGCUGGAAUACAAUGUGAAGAAAUGCUUUGAAGCUCCUGUAGAUUUGACUAUUUUAUACCACUUUAUAUGCAAACAUGUUAAAUUUACAAAAACUGACAAAGUACAAUCAGAGAAGAGUCAGAUUAAAAGCUAAUCCAGUUCAGGCUAACUUCUGGCUAAUCCUUAAAAUACAUUUCUCUUUUUUGAGAUGUUUUGUGACUGAUGUUAUUUUCUUAUGUGCAACAUUUUUAUCCCAUCUUUUGUCCUCCACUUAAUUUUUUAUCACUAACCUUUUUUCUAUUUAAGUGUUCUUGAACUAAUGUGACCAGUAAGAGAAGAGGCUGGUAAAGUCAAUGGUAACAAAUUUUCCUUCUUUUGCAAUCUUGGUGAGUUGUUCUAUUUUUUUGACUUUCCCAAAGGAGAAAUGAUCUGCAGAAAUUUAGUUCACAUUUUACAGAGAACAGUUUUAGCUCAAAUGUUGCUCAAUCAUGGAGUGCAUACCAUAAAAGAUUCUGAGGUUGCUUUAUGAACUUACAGCCUUUACAGUUAAUUUCAUGUAAGACUUUUAGUGAUGCUAUGGUGCAGUAGGGAGAACAUCUGUUAUUUAGAUACUGAACAGCAAACGUAGCUUUUCAAUAAGUCCAUCUUUGUUAUUUUCUUCAAGAGUGAAACAUUUGAUCUUUGUGAGCUGAAUGUGCAAAGUGAAAUGUGUCAAGAGUCACUUUUUGACAAACAAAAAUCACUCAGUUUAGUCAGGGUGCUAUAUUCAGCCGUAAGAAACAGCUGUGUCUCAACGAGGCGCUGUUCAUGUAGCUUCCUCUUUGGGCAGGAUGUUAAUUUAAAAGCAAUUUUCUCGAACAUGGGAUGAUAAGACUCUAAUAAAUAAUAUAUAUGACCAUCAGCUCUUAACUUGUUAUGAAAUUAUUCGAACUGAUAAAAUAAAUAUAUAAAAUCUAAAAUAUUAAUUUCCAAAUAUCGUAAGGAAGAUAAUGUAUAACUGAACAUUUUUGUGACUAUUUAUCUCCACAAUUCUUAAAAAUGCAUUUAUAGGUUAACAAUGGAAGUAGUUUGGGCUUAAUGAGUAAUAUUGGAGUAUUACAUGGAGCUACAAAGUGGUGAGCUGGCCCAGAGCCAUCCUUAACCAAAAAAAAACUACCAAACCCAAAUGCCAGACUAAAUUUGUCACCCUUCGAUCAGGUUGUUGGCUUUCUGUCAGAACAAUAUUGAUUUUCUUUUCUGUUUGAAGUAGUCAUAUUCUUGAGGUGCGUUUUAACUACAAGACCCAGAACAGCUUUCCCUUGGAAGAUAUUUUUCCUUUCUACUUACCCCGGCUACUUUUGUACUGUGGGAUCUAAAACACCAUCAUUCUUGCGAAUUACAUCUGGUGACACUGAACUGCUCCGACAGUAGCAUAGUGUUUAACAAUGGCUUGAUCAGCCGCUGACUGUGGAAGGGAGGUUCUCCCAUUGCAAAAAUCAUAGCUGGGAUUUUCUGAAAUCUAAAAAAUAAAUCUAACACUCAAAACAACUAUUCGGAGACAGCAGUUACACUUUAAAACUGGAGUAGAGUCACUGCAGACUCCACUGCAUGAUGUAAAUGCAUCAAAGUUUAACAGGAUUAGGCAGACUAGGAAUUCCUACAUUCCUUUUCUAAAAAUGAACAAAUUUAGAUAUUCUUCGCACUCUCUUCCCCCACAAAACUUCACCUAAAUGUUUGUGGUAAAAUUUCUACCCUGAACAUUUAUUUUUUCCUUGUAAAUGCAGUGGAAAUGUAGGAAGGGGUAAAGUAUGGCCCCAGAAAACUACCUUGGGUCCUGUUGUGGAAAUAUGCCUUAAACCUCAUUCUAUGACUUUAGAGUCAACUUUUUUCCAUUUUUUGUUGUAGUUUGGCCUGCAGCUAAAAACCUGCGGUGCCUGUGGUAGUAACACAGUAUGGCCCACUGUGCUUCUAGCUGUUUUUGCAAGAACAAUCUGCAUCUACUUAUACAUAAUAUUUGCAUCAUCAUUCCUCUUCUGCACUUACACAUUCCUUCUUUCUUUUAUUUCACAUUUAUGACCAAUAUUUAUGCAUGGCUGUGCACGCCAAAGUCCAGUCUGACUGUGUUUUAGAAAUGUAGCACAGGCUGAAUAGAAGACAGAUGGGCUUCUUUGUUCUUUUACAUGCUGUGAAAAGGUAUUUGGCCCCUUACAGCUUUAUUCUGGAUUUUGUGACACUUAAUGUUUCAGAUGUGCAUAAAUAAGGGCAGAUGUGAUUGAACACGGCCAGACCUGUAAAAUUAAGGAAUCGCCUAAAUCAAACUUGUCUUACAACAGGAAGUAGGCUAAAAGAUCUCAGCAAUACAUUAUGUCCCAAUCUGAAGAAAUUGAAGAACAAAUGAGAAAAAAGUCAUUGACAUCUGUCAGCCUGGAAGGGUUACAAAGCCACCACCCUGCUGUAGGAUUUACUAAAUUGUAAUUUACUGAGGCUAGAAUAAUCCAGAGCAGUUUUAUGUUCACCAAUUCACUUUAAAUACAGUGAGAAUGCAGUAAAUCUGUCCAGGAAACGCAUGGACGGAGAAUACAUGUUAAACAUGUACCUCUCUUGUAUGGAAACUUUUUUUUGCCCCAAAAUGAACAGAUCUGCCUCAACAUUCUCUACCCUCUGUUGUCAAGUUCAGAGUAAGCCAAUUUCGAUAACUUCUGCUCUUUAAAAGUAAAGUUCAGCUGCUCUGUGCACUGAUUUAGUGAUGUUUGAAAUAAAUAGUGAUGUAACAGAGUAGAACACCUCUGUCAGCCAUGUUGGGCUGGUUUCCAAACCUCUGGGGCUGCUGCUUGUUUAGUUUAAACACAAAACUGUCUGUAAAGCGUUUCCUUCACAUAAAACAUGUUUCCAAAGCAGCUCACUCUGUCACGCCGUCUCACCGUCCCUCCAGCAGUUGGCUUAUGUCCCACGCUGGAGUAUAGUGUGUCUCUACUUUCCAUGAUAUAAAGCUCAAUGUGAAUACUGCUGUAGAUUUCACAAACACUGUGAAGAUGAUUCAUACAAGUUAUCUGAAUGUAUAAAAUCAUUUCUAUCAACCUUGAGUAAAGUUAUGAAUGUUUUUCUUCUUUUUUUGAUGUUUGAUUACAUUUGAUUUUGAUUAAAGGUCAAUAUAUAUUUAUAUAUGUGUUUUUAAGGCCUCAAUCAUGUCUGGAAAGACUGCUGAAACAAUGAAUGAAAGAUAUGUUGUCUCUUCUGUCUUAACGUUCUUCUUUUCUUUUUAUAACUAUUAAAUUCAAGUGCAUACAAACAAAUGCUGUAUUGUAUUGACAGUUUAACAGUUUUGUUAGGUGUGAUUCUUGCCUUGUUGCAUGUCUGCCUUAUUUUUAAGAAGUGGUAAAUAAAUUUGUACAAUCAAUGA